CAAAAAAGAAGCAAAGAGGUGAUUUUUCUUCGAAAAAAAAAAUAAGCAAGUUAAAAGAAUUAAUAUUAUUUGUAAAAAUCUAUGAGUAGUAAGGUGUGCGUAGUGAAAAAUCAGCACAUUAUAGUUUGUUUAAUCAUACGGCAUUAGUCGAUAUCAUCGUAUCAGUUCUUCAUCUUGUAUAAAUCUCAAAAUCAAUGUGAAUCCAUUAAAACGCAAAAUAUAUGAGAGGAAAUAGUUUUAAUUAAAUCAAGUGAUUGAAAAUGCGAGUUAAAGAGGAAGGAAUAUUCAAAAUGCAUAGUGAAGACGAUGAUUAUAAUUUACCACUAUCUUUCACGCAUCGCCGUCAUGAACAGCAGGCAAUUGAUAGUGCAUCGAAUCUUAUGGUUAAAAAUUGGCGAUUGAAGGAGAGAAUGAAAACAGUUUCUGUUGCUUUAGUGCUAUGCCUUAAUGUUGGUGUCGAUCCUCCUGAUCUUGUUAAAAUUGAUCCCUGCGCUAGACUUGAAUGCUGGUUCGAUCCAUCGUCAGUAGCACCACAGAAAGCCUUGGAAGUGAUUGGAUCAUCUCUACAGAAGCAAUAUGAAAGGUGGCAGCCUAAAGCUCGAUAUAAGCUGUCACUAGAUCCAACAGUUGAGGAUGUAAAGAAAUUAUGCAUCUCAUUGCGACGUAAUGCAAAGGAGGAACGAGUUUUAUUUCAUUAUAAUGGUCAUGGAGUUCCACGUCCAACACAGAAUGGUGAAAUAUGGGUUUUCAAUAGAACUUAUACUCAAUAUAUUCCACUUUCAAUUUAUGACCUUCAAAAUUGGAUGGGAGCACCGUCAAUCUACGUUUAUGAUUGCUCAAAUGCUGGAGUUAUUGUCAAUUCCUUCAAUACAUUUGCCGAACAGCAUGAAGCUGAACAAUUGGCAGCUCAGGGACAAAAUCGUGGAUCAUCGCCAAGUGGACAGCCAACUGUUAACAGUAAUAGCACUGCUAAUGCAUCCUCAUCAAAUUCAAAUUCACAUCAAUCGUUUAGAAAUUGUAUUCAGCUUGCUGCAUGCACAGCAGAUCAAAUUCUACCAAUGAAUCCUGAUUUACCAGCUGAUCUUUUCACUUCGUGCUUAACAACGCCUGUAAAAACAGCCCUUAAAUGGUUCUCAUUAAAGUCUACAUCAAAAUUAGUCCCACAUGUUAAUUAUGAUAUGAUUAUGUCCAUACCUGGCGCUCUUCAUGAUCGACGAACAAUGUUGGGUGAAUUAAACUGGAUUUUCACAGCCAUUACAGACACAAUAGCAUGGAAUACAUUACCUCGUGAUUUAUUUCAAACACUUUUUCGACAAGACUUGCUUGUUGCAAGUUUAUUUAGAAAUUUCCUUCUUGCCGAUAGAAUUUUAAGAUCGUAUGACUGCACGCCAAUUUCAAGUCCUGCAUUGCCACCUACUUUUCGCCAUCCAAUGUGGGCUGCUUGGGAUUUAGCGUUAGAUUUAGCACUAUCUCAAUUACCUGAUGUCUUGGCUGGAAAGAAAACUUAUGAAAACUCGCCGUUCUUCGAACAACAAUUGACUGCCUUCCAAGUUUGGCUUGAAGGGAAUCCCGAUCAGGAAAAUCCACCAGAACAGCUUCCCAUUGUCUUGCAAGUUUUACUUAGUCAGGCUCAUCGUAUAAGAGCAUUAGAACUAUUGGAGAAAUUUCUAGAUAUUGGACCUUGGGCUGUCAGUUUAGCUUUAAAUGUUGGAAUAUUUCCAUACGUUUUGAAGUUGCUCCAAAGUCAGGCAACUGAGUUGAGACCAUUUUUAGUUUGCAUUUGGGCGAAAAUCUUAGCUGUUGAUUACACAUGCCAAGUAGAUAUUGUUCGCGAAAGUGCCGAUUCCUAUUUCCUCAAUGCUUUAAGAGAUACCACAGUUGUUCAUGGAAAGUUUGAUUGUAGAACGUUUGCAGCAUUUGUGCUGGCAACGAUUGUUUACAAGUUUGAGCAAGGACAAGCGAAUGCACUUCGUGGAUCCUUACUGUCAAUAUGCUUAGAACAAAUUGAAGAUCCAGAUCCAUUGUUGAGAAAAUGGUUUGCAAUUUGUUUAGGAAAUUUAUGGCUCAAUUAUGAAGACGCAAGAUGGUCCGGAGCACGUGACUUAGCUUAUGAAAAAAUGUUCAUAUUAUUAAAAGAUCCAGUUCCAGAAGUACGUGCAGCUACAGUUUACGCAUUAGGUACAUUCAUAAGUUCAGCAAUCGAGCGCACAUCGCAAGCAAAUGAUUUGGAUAGACAGAUUGCUAUGCACAUGCUGGAAUGUGUAUCGAGUGACAUGAGUCCACUUGUACGAAUGGAAUUAGUUGCUGCAUUACAGUGGAUUGUAAAGUUAUUUGAUAAUCAUUUUGUUGAAGUUUAUUUACGGGACGAUGGCAAUAAUCAUGAUGGACCUAAAGACGGUUCAUUGAAAAGAUCAGCACGGUUUAGAACUGGAAGUGAAAAGAACUUGAUGAUGUACAGUUCAGUGUAUGCACGAUUAUGGAAUGGAAUUGUUAAUUUAUCACGUGAUCCUUAUCCAGAAGUGGCGAUAAUGGGUUGCAAAAUUGUAGAUUAUAUAAAGCACAUUGCAGUCGAAAUUGCACCGUCAUUACAAAUGAUUCCACUUGCCAAAGAAGUCAUAUGUGAUAAUAAUAGAAUAUCAACGUCAGGUGGUUCCCAUAACAGCUAUAGUUUGCCGCCAUCACCAAAUGUUAAGAAUUUACCGAACUAUAUGAACAAUUCACAUUCAGGAUCAACGGCUAGACUAAGUGAAUCGAUGAGCGGCAGUGUUGCAUCAAAUCGCGAGAAAGUACAUAAGCUACGCAUACCUAUUGUGAAAACAAAUUUAAUUGACUGGGAAUUUAGCUCAUUUGCUAAACCUCUUAAGUACCUUGCUAAUCAUAAAGGAACAAUGGAAAAUGAUCAAUUCUCGCAAGAGACAGUCGUUCGAAAGCAGAGAUUUAAUAGAAAUGCACGCAUAAGGAAGGAAGCUAGUGAUCAGCAGCGACUUGCUACGUUUCAUAACUUAAAAACACAAAGUUUUGUUGGCAAAACAGCAAUGAUACCAUCAAUAGUGAAAUUACAUCCAUAUGAGCAGCAAAUAGCUGUUGCUUACCUCGACCGAAUUAUGCUUAAGGAUUGGGGAAAUGACAUUUCAACAACAUUAUCGCCAGUGCAAUUAAAUCCACCAAAUUAUACUCACCAUUAUGCAGCUACGAUUCAAACGACCACAAAUAUUGGAAAGAAAGUUUCUGUUUGUGCUCCAACGUCUAUGCGUGUAUCAAGUCUUCAAUUUAUCAAUUCACAUGAUCGUGGAUUAGUUCUGGCUGGCUAUGACGAUGGAAGCAUUAGAAUUUGGAAGAAUAGCUGUGACAAUCAGAGCAGCAAUCGUUCACUUACUGGCAAUUUAGUUACAGCAUUUCAGGCACUUGAUGAUCCGCCCGCUAGAAGUGCUAGAAUUUAUGGGCUUCAAACAGCAUGGCACCAAAGUACACAGACAAUUAUUGUUGGAGGCGAAUCUAAAGUCAUUCGUUUGUGGGAUGCUGAAAAAGAGCUUAAAUAUAUGGAUAUUCCUGUUGGUUCCGAUUUUCCAAUCUCUCACAUUAGCUGCGCACCAAAUGCUUUAUUUGCUAUCGCUUAUGGUGAUGGAUUCGUGCAAAUCUUCGAUAGACGUGCUAAUCCAAGUGAUAAUAAGAUAAUGACCUAUCGUGAGCAUCACUCAUCACUUCUAGCUUUAUGUUUAAGAAAUGACUGCGAGAGUUUAAUUACUGGAUCCUCGCUUGGCGUCAUAAGACUGUUUGAUAUCAGAAAUCGUGCAUCAAUACAGACGUGGACAGCAGGAUCAGACACAACAUCAGUUGCAAUACACUCAAGUGCCGAUAUUGUUGCAUGUGCUGGACAAUCAAUAUCGAUUCAUGGUCUGGAUGGCGUGCAAAUCAACACAAUUCAAAGUCACGAAGGAUUUAUGGGACCAAGAUUCGGUCAGACAUCAUGCUUAUCGUUCCAUCCUCAUAAAAUUAGCUUAGCUGCUGGAUUUGUCGAUAAUCAUGUUUGUGUUUUCACUGUACAAAAUGAAAAGUAGAAGUAUGUAGGAUAUAUCCAUUAGUAGACGUUUAGUGAUGUCAAAGAUGACGAAAUUAAAAUUAGUUUUAAGUUUCAUUGAGCUUGAUACUCGAAGGAAAUGAAGCAACACGAGAAUCAAAAAAUUAACCGAAAUUAGCGCAUUACAUGAGGAAAGUUGCUAUUUGAGACAGUUUGUAUGUCUGGAAAAUAAAUUUAAAUUUUAAAAAACCGUUAACUGAAAAAAUUGAAAUUGACUGUUGAAUUCAUUAAUGCGCUAAUUUUCCAAAUACGAACGUCAGUAGUGAUUAUUUCUUUAGCCUAUAUUAUUGUACAAUGACUUUUCAAAGAGAGAAAAUAAGGAAAAAGUUUAAAUUAUAUUUUAAUUAACACAAUACCCCCGUCAUUUAUGAUUAAAUUAAUGAUAUAUGAUUAAUGGGAGUGCCUAUUAAAAUAACGAAUUUUAAAAUUUCGAAACUUCAUUUUUACGAACUCACAUUUUUAAGACCAUAUCAUUUUCAAAUUCUAAAAUGUCGUUAAUUUCAUCACGUGUUCUCUUCAAUAAUAAAUCUGUAAAAAAAGAUUAAUAGAACAAAUGUUUUUAAAUGUAUGGAAUUAAAACGUAUUUUUUAUUCAAUAUCACAUUUCAUGGACUAUAUGUGUAUGUUUAAAGGAAGCCACAAAAGCAUAGAAUGCCAGGUUUUGAAAAGACAGAGAAUUCCAUUAAAUCAAUCCUGAACCGUCGAAAAUCCGUGCC